AUGUCGGACAUUGGGGACUGGUUCCGGAGCAUCCCGCUGAUCACCCGCUACUGGUUCGCCGGCUCUAUCGCGGUGCCGCUCAUCGGCAAGCUAGGCCUCGUAAGCCCCGUCUACCUCUUCCUCUGGCCCGACGCCUUCAUCAACCGCUUCCAGAUAUGGCGGCCGAUAACUGCAACUUUCUUCUUCCCAGUGGGACCUGGAACAGGAUUUCUUUACUUGGUGAAUUUGUAUUUCUUGUAUCAAUAUUCAUCACGAUUAGAAACAGGGGCUUUUGAUGGAAGACCAGCAGAUUACAUGUUUAUGCUCCUGUUUAACUGGAUCUGCAUUGUUAUAACUGGCUUGGCAAUGGAUAUGCAGUUGCUGAUGAUUCCACUGAUAAUGUCAGUACUUUAUGUGUGGGCCCAGCUGAACAGAGACAUGAUUGUAUCAUUUUGGUUUGGAACAAGAUUUAAGGCUUGUUACCUACCAUGGGUUAUUCUGGGAUUCAACUACAUCAUUGGUGGAUCAGUCAUCAAUGAGCUAAUAGGAAAUCUGGUUGGACACCUGUAUUUCUUCUUAAUGUUUAAAUAUCCAAUGGAUUUGGGAGGAAGGAAUUUUCUGUCCACACCUCAGUUCCUGUACCGCUGGCUGCCAAACAGGAGAGGAGGAGUGUCCGGGUUUGGUAUCCCACCUGCUAGCAUGAGAAGAGCUGCAGAAGAUCAGCAGGGUGGUGGAAGACACAACUGGGGUCAAGGUUUCCGGCUAGGAGACCAGUGAAGAACUCCUGCCCUUGGAAAAUUGGUUUUAAUUGGACGUAGGACCGACCCUUCCUGGUGCAGAGCAUGCUUAAGAACCGAACUCUCUGUUGGAUUUAACUGAUUAGAAAGAGUGUUUCUGGUUCAAGAGAAAAUUAAGAACUCCAGAAGGGAAAAAUGUAGAUGUUGCUCCUGGUUAGCCAGUAGUGUCCGAUUUGAUUCUGCCAUUGAAAAAAGCCUUCUUUAUACAGUAUUGUCUGUCUGUCACAACAGGCAUCCAUUAUGCCCUCUUGUUCCCUGAUGUAAUGGAACAAGCUAAUGGUGUUCUGUCUCGCCUGGUAUGUUAAAAGCUUCAUUAGCUGUGGUAAGGUAAGAAUCCAGUGUGAGGCAGAUGGAUCAAACCAAUCCCAGAGUCUAGGAAGACAACUUUUUCCAUAGCUGUGCUUAAGUCCCAGGGUCUUUGGAAGCAUUAAGUGAUUUCUUUCUGUUGCAUUCAUCAAACAAAGUGCAAAUGCUUCAUUUCUGUUAUUGCGCUGUGUUCUGAGGGGUAUUUUUUUCUUGCCAUGUGGCAUUUGUCCUACCUGCUACAGCGUGGGUUGGGCAAGGCUAAGGGUAAGAGGGCUUUGGUUUGAAAUGGCAAUAACAGAUAUUCACAGGAUUGAAAUCUCUGUAAAUGGCAUGUUACGAGGCUCGCUCUGUUUAAACUGAAAUAAUAUGGCUUUUUUUUCCCCAAGAUGUGUGAAUUCUCUUGGCUUCAAGGUUUAUCUUCUGAUUGCAAAACUGAAUAGUACAAACGCUACUUAAACUAGAGAACGUAGCAUAUCAUCCUGGUUAAUGUAAAGGGUACUGACUGCAGCAUUAUGUUUGUUAACUGAAUCUUCAGCUUUCUCUUAAAGGCUUUAAGACAUCAAAGAAUCAAAGCUGGAAAUAAACGUUUCCAGAUGCUACAGAACUUUAAUUGUCAAAUAAGGCAUCAUGUUCACUGUUUAUUAGUAUCUGUACUUUUUUGGUAAAACUCUUUUUUGACAUGGAAAAGGGAAUGGUUCUGUACUGUAGUUUUUCUCAUAUGGGUUCCUGUGAGCAGAGCACAGGGCAAAGAUCCAGGAAGCUGUUACUAGCUUGUUACUGACUCACCACAUGGACUUGAGCAAACUACUUAACUGAGUUGUUUUCCCAGCUGUAAGGAGGACUCAUGCAUGUCUCUUCAUCCUUAAAAAGUAGCUGUCCCUGACUCCCCUAGGUGGGAGCCACUAGUGAGCAAGGUAGGACUUAGGUUCACAUUAAUGACAACACUUAAGCUAGGAAUGCAAUUACUCUAAGCUUAACUAAGACUUUUACAUUGGAAUAUCACAGAAUCAUAGAAUGUUUUGUGUUGGAAGGGACCUUUAAAGGUCAUCUAGUCCAACACCCCUACAGUGGGCACAGACAUCUUCAAAUAGAUCAGGUUGCUCAGAGCUCUGUACAGCUUGACCUUGAACAUUUCCAGGGAUGAGGCUUCUAUCACCUGUCUGGGCAACCUUCAUCAUAAAAGCUUCCUUCCUUAUAUCUAGUCUAAAUCUAAGAUAUAGUUGCUCACUUUUUGUUUUAUAGUUGCAAGAAGGAGAACAUUGUCACUAAGAUGAGAUUCAAGUCUCUGGCCAAAUUCUCCUUUAGCAUUUGUUUGUCUUUUUACUGGGUAGGUAGUGCACAGAAAGCCGUUCUGCCCCAACUUGGGUAUCUCAGGUAUCUAUAAGUAGGUAAAGUGAAUCUGGGCCAAAACAUUUUUAUUCCUACUUUUUCUUCACUAAACCCAGAUUCUGAAGGUUUAAAAACUUGUAAAUACUACAUGAUGUAAAAGUGAGUGGAAAAUAAGCAGUCGGACUGGAAGUUCUCAGUUGGCUUGCUUGAAAAAAAUGCAUGCUCCAUUUCUUCACUGCAACUUCGUUUUGUUCAUUUGGCUUGUGGAAAAAUGUAGAAAACUGCUGAUGAUCAUAUUGUGUGCUUAGGUUUUACAGGAACCUGGAGUUCAGAAAUCACCUGCCAUUUUUAUCUAUUCAGUGAUGAGUUUUAAAGAUGCUUUUGUCUCUUUGUAUAGAGUGGUAGGUAGAAAAGAGGACUGCAGUCUUGCAAAUACUAAUCUAUCAUUGACCAACAGCUGCUGUUUGAUAUUAACUUGGAAAGUCUGAAACCCAUCAUUUUUAUAGGAGUCAUGAUGCAACUGGUCUUCUAAUCAUGGUAAUGUCACUGUCUCUCCAAAGCAUUUGUCUUCAUUUUGAGUCAGAACUUCUAAGUGAAAAUGUCACUCAGAUAAUAUCCUUGCACACUCAAAUUGCAGAAAAUCUUCAUACAGAAGGCCAGAAGGAAGGUUUGUGUGGAAGGAAGCAUGGCAGAACUUAUUGUCCUGGCCUAGUGUGCUGUUUUGGGUCUUGCUUUCUCAUACAUCCUUCUUCUCUAAAUUGAGGGAAAGGUUUGCAAGGAAAAUAGACUUCUGAUAAGUCUUGAUUCAUUUUUGAGCUUGCUUCAGGUCUGUUUACUGUGGUUUGAAAAUUCCCUUCAGAAUUCCAUGUUAGGAGCUCAGUUGUUCAUUUCUCACUUGCCACUUGACCUGAAGCAGUGUUUGUCCUCCAGCAUAUACUGACAAUGGCAGUCUCUCGUUAAAUGAGUACCUCCUUUCUUACUUUGUACAGAUAACUUCCCUUUUUGUAAUCAA